GUUUAAGUCAUGAAGUACAAGAGUACUCGUGGUGACGUCACAAACCGAACAUUUGAGGAGGCUUUGUAUACAGGUUAUGCAGAAGACGGCGGCAUCCUUCUUCCAGAAACAAUUCCAAAAAUCGAUGUAAAGGUUUUGAAAUCUUGGACCAACCUUUCGUAUGUACAGUUGGCGAAGAAAAUAAUCCCUCUCUAUGUAAGCGAAGAUGAAAUUCCUUCGCCCAUGCUAAAUGACCUUCUUGACAGUGCAUUUUCUCGGUUUUCUGCACCGGAAAUCACACCAAUAAAACGACUUCCCGGAGGUUUGAAUGUUAUGGAGCUUUUUCAUGGACCAACAUGGGCAUUCAAGGAUCUGGCUUUGUCCUGUGUUGGCAAAUUUCUCCAAUACUUUUUAUCCAAAAGAAAGAAACAUCUUAAUAUUCUCGUGGGUACAUCUGGAGAUACCGGAAGCGCAGCCAUUGAAUCCGUUAGAGGUCAGCCAUGGAUUGACAUUGUGGUGCUUCUUCCUAGAGGGCGCUGUUCUCAGAUUCAGGAACUCCAAAUGACCACAGUCUUGGACAACAACGUGCAUGUCUAUAGAGUCGACGGAACUUCAGAUGACUUAGACAUUCCAAUUAAACUGUGUUUCCAAGACCAUGCCUUCACAAAGCGUCACAAUUUGUCAUCCAUAAAUUCCAUCAACUGGGCGCGGAUCAUGGUCCAGACUGUUCACUACAUAUACGCCUACCUACAGAUGUGUCCUUCCUGUGAUGACGUUGUACAAAUAGUUGUUCCUACAGGUGCCUGUGGGAACGUCACAUCUGGAAUUAUUGCAAGAAAGAUGGGAGUGCCAUUAGAGUUUGUUUGCGCAGUAACACAAAAUGACGUAGUUGCACGGACGGUCAAAACAGGAGAUUACAGAAUUGCUGAUCACGUGAUCCCAACAUUAGCUCCUGCUAUGGAUAUACAGAUCCCGUAUAAUAUGGAGAGGAUAUGGUAUGUGGUGUCUGGUGGAGAUUGUGCAUCGAUAAAGAAACUAAUGAAAGAGUUUGAAGAGACCGGAAGUGUCACGGUUCCUGAAGAAAUUUCCGAUGCUGUACGAAAGGUUAUAGUGGACACAUUUGUUGCAUCCGACGACGUUGUCCGCAAGACGAUGAAAAGUACCUGGGAUACUUAUGAGUACCUGCUGUGUCCCCAUACUGCUGUAGGAGUAGGAUAUCACUAUUACCAAAUGCAAAGAAAUCCAGAGGAUAAGAAAAUCCGUGUUGUGAUAGCAACAGCCUCUGUCAUCAAGUUCGAAGAGGCGCUUCAAUCAGCAUCCAUUCCAUAUACACGUGAUCCACGAGUUGCGCAGCUUUUCGAAAGUAAACAAAAAUACAAAGACUUGAAUAAAGGUGAAGACUGGCUGCAGAUGUUACGGGAUAAAAUAGAGGAAAUAGACAAAAACAGAGUAUAGAAAUAAUGAAUUGUUAGAAGUAAAUCUAUG